AGUUAAAAGGGGGAGACAAGGAACCGACCCUUGUUCAUUCUCCCGACUCUCUUUGUUUUGGUCUCGGUGCUUGCUUCGUGUCACCGCCAUGGCGAAGGAGUUUUCGGUUCCUCCGGUGGUUUUCCCCUCUCCCUCCGGCAAUCCCAACGUGCCCCAGCAGCGCCGUGCUUCAGGGCCUGGGCUGGCGCCGCCCUUCCAGCCUCCUCGACCUUCGAAUCCCGGAGUCGCCAACCCUAGCAUCCCCUUCAUGUCCUUCGACAUCGGAUCCACCACCGCUUCUUCCUCCUUCUCCGCCCCCGUCUAUGCCUCCUCCAGCGGGGUUGGCAGCCUCUCCGUCUCCGGUUCGUUCGAGGACGAGCCGCCCCUCCUCGAGGAGCUCGGCAUCAACACCCGCCAGAUCUGGCGGAAGACCCUAUCCAUCAUGAAUCCCUUUCGCGUUAACCCUAAUCUGCACGAGGACGGCGACCUAUCCGGCCCUUUCCUCUUCCUUAUGGCAUUUGGUCUCUUCCAGCUUCUCGCUGGAAAGUUUCACUUCGGAAUCAUCUUGGGUUGGGUCACCGUCGCCUCUCUCUUCCUCUACGUGGUCUUUAACAUGCUUGCUGGGCGGAACGGAAAUCUGGAUCUGUAUCGGUGCUUGAGCUUGAUUGGGUAUUGUAUGCUGCCAAUGGUUAUCUUCUCGGCUCUGUCACUGUUUGUGCCUCACGGUGGUGUCGUGAUCUUUGCGAUGGCUUUGGUGUUUGUGCUGUGGUCUACACGAGUUUGCACGAGGCUUCUAGUUGAGCUUGCUUCUUGUGGGGAUGAACACCGUGGUCUCAUAGCCUAUGCCUGUUGGCUCGUUUACUUGCUUUUCUCUCUGCUUAUUAUAUUCUGAUUAUGGGUGAGAGCGUAUGACCUUCUAGUUCCCUAUUUCUGUCAACAAGUCAUCAUUUCAGGUUAUCGAGAACGAGGUUUGGGAGAGACAAUGACUUCUGCUGGUUAAAGAGGCUUGAGCAAUAGACGAGGGUUACUUUUGACGAUGGAGGGGGAUGUCCGUUGGUUAAAGGCGCUCGAGGAAUCUAGUCAAUCUUAAUUGUUGAGGAUGCUCAAGGACUACAAACGUUGUAGCAUCUUCUGAUCAACGAUCUUCUGUUCACCGACAAAGAUCUCCUCUAGUUGAAGAAGCUAGAAAAAGAAAACAUCCUAGCUGCAUACGAGCAUAACCAUUUGAGAGAUGUUUAAUGUGGUUGAGGAUUAUGUUCUGUUGUUGAAGAAGCAACGUUUGACGAGUCAAGGGUUACAGACAACAAGUCGUUAUUGAAGAAGUAGCCUCCGUUAGGAUUGGGUCGAUGAUUAUACGAUAUGAGAAGCGUCAAAGAAUAGAUAUUAAAUAGAAUAAGACAAGAUUUUUCUGCCAAUAAAUUGACUGUGCUUUGAGGAUCUGAAUAUCGACUUGAGUAUCUAAUAAAUGGCUAAGAAUUGGGAAUCAAUUGAUUGGUAUU